CCCUGAUCCAGAUUUCUCACCAAAAAAUAGAUUUUAGGAUUGAGGGUAGAAGAGUAAAUGUUUCUUAAACCCUAAAACAAAACCAGAGCGUCCCGCUUCUUUCUCUCCGUUCAGUGUCGCCGAUUGCGUAAGGAAUCCUCACUUGGGUCGUCGCCAUGGCGAGGAUCAAGGUUCACGAGCUCAGGACUAAGUCGAAGACGGAGCUUCUGAACCAACUGAAGGAUCUGAAGGCCGAGCUCGCGCUGCUCCGCGUCGCGAAGGUCACCGGCGGUGCACCGAACAAGCUCUCCAAGAUAAAGGUUGUGAGGCUAUCGAUCGCACAGGUGCUGACGGUCGUCUCGCAGAAGCAGAAGGCAGCGCUUAGGGAGGCAUACAAGAAGAAGAAGUACCUGCCCCUCGACCUCAGGCCUAAGAAGACCCGAGCCAUCCGACGACGCCUCACCAAGCAUCAGGAAUCUUUGAAGACGGAGCGCCAGAAGAAAAAGGAGAAGUACUUUCCUUUGAGGAAGUAUGCCAUCAAGGUGUAGGUAGUUGAGUUCUAUAGGUCUUGUCAUUUUUUUUUAAAUGAGUUUUAAAAACAUGUGUUGAGUUUUAUGCGGAAUGUAUCGUCUGUAAGAUACUCUUCUGACAUUAUUUUCUGCAAUUUGGAUUUUGUAUUGGAAGUCCCAUUUUUUC